UUUGCUGUGAGCACACAGCUCCUUCCCCGAGCACACAGGUACGUCGCUGAGCACACAGCCCAUUUGCUGUCAGCACACAGCUCCUUCGCCGAGCAUGCAGCCCCUUCGCUGUGAGCACACAGCUCCUUCGCCGAGCAUGCAGCCCCUUCGCUGUGAGCACACAGCUCCUUCGCUAAAACAGGUUUUGUCCCAAUGGUCCUUCGUACAGUAGGUAGCGUUUUGUGAUAGUCGGACAUUUCACUCAGUUUCUUGACAAUUGUCUCAUUUCUUUUCGCGAUCAUAGAGAACAAGCUAAUACACAGGGGAAUUGCGGGGGGGAAAACAACAAGGCCCCAAUGUUACCAACUAUUUACUCCUUGGUUGAACUUUAAUAGGGCUACAGCAAAUGAACUUUUAUGGGUGACUUUCGCGCGCUCAUUAAUUAUCGCCUGAAAAAAAAUGAUUUUUUUCUACUUCAGGGAUGGUCUGAUAGACUAAAAUGAGCAAAUAGGUUGUGUCUUUGUUUUCAAAAUUUGACAUUUUAUUUUUUUACCCACGUCGUUUUUUACCCAUCUCAUCAUUUUUUGCAGUCUGCAAAGGAUGUCAUCCAUAAAAUUUACUUGCUGUGGCCAAAAGUAGAGUUAGAGUUACAAAAUGACCUUUGCACUCUGUGCCUUGCACUCGUUACGGGUCACGAGAUUUACGGUCCAAACUUCAUCAACAGAGAAAGCCGAAAAGACGUGUGUGUCGGUUCGCUGUACUGUUACAGUUGUCAUCUGACCAGCCCUCAGGCAAGAACUUGCGAUAAACUUUCAAAAUCAUCCAGCAUGGAGUGGCUGUUGUGGGCAGAACACAUCCUAGUUUCGCUGCUCAUGGCGGCGCUGGUACGCCUGGCGGUGACGGAGGGACUGCAGGGGGUCCUGCGGGCGGUGCUCGUGGGUCUGCGCUACGUGCCGGGGAUCGGGGAACUCAUCAACUGGAUCGUCCGCAUGAUGGCAGCGCAGUUCGCUCCACAACUGACAGGUGGCAGCUCCAGCAAGAAGGACAAGAAACCUCCUCGCGUGGCUCUGCCUAAGAAAGGUCUGUCCUAUGAAGUCAUACUUGAGGAGAUGAAGAGGUUACAGAAGGAGAAGGAUGCAGACCCCCAUGCAGGGAGGAUGUUUGCCUAUGUCUAUACUCUAAAGGAAGAUGAUGCAUCCAAAAUACAGAAGGAGGCAGUAGAGAUGUUUAUGGAGCAGACAGGGCUGGGAGACGAUCAUGACCGGUUCGUGCAGGAAGUCUACCAGUCCUUCCUCCACACCAACGCACUCAACCCUCUUCUAUUCCCCGCUCUCAGGAGAUUUGAGAUAGAGACAGUGAGCAUGGUGGCAUCAUUUCUCCAUGGCGACGACCAGGUGGUGGGGUCACUGACCUCGGGUGGAACAGAGAGUAUCCUGAUGGCUGUGAAGGCGUACCGAGACCGAGCCAGGAAACUCUACCCACAGAUCACACAGCCAGAGAUGGUUGCACCCAUCACCAUCCACCCUGCAUUUGAGAAGGCUGCAGCAUACUUCUGUGUGAAGAUGGUGCACGUUCCUGUGGGGCCGGACUUCAGGGCAGAUGUUACAGCUAUGGAACAGGCCAUCACAGGGAACACCAUACUGCUGUGUGCAUCUGCCCCUCAGUAUGCGCACGGCAUUGUGGACCCCAUCCCUGAAGUCUCAGCCAUGGCGCUCAGGAGGGGGCUGCCGCUACACGUGGAUGCCUGCUUUGGGGGAUUCAUGUUACCAUGGAUUGAGAAGUUGGGCUAUCCCGUCCCCACCUUUGACUUCAGGAACCCUGGAGUCACCUCAAUGUCAGCAGAUAUCCACAAGUAUGGAUAUGGGGUCAAGGGUGCGAGUGUAGUUCUGUACCAGUCGACAGACUACUGGCGGUACCAGAUGUUCUCCUGCUCCACCUGGCCAGGGGGGAUUUUUGGGUCCUGCUCCAUGGCUGGGUCCAGACCAGGAGGAAACAUUGCAGCAGCCUGGGCCGUCCUGAAGGCUAUGGGUGAAGAUGGUUACAUGAAAACAGCUCAGGAAGUCAUGGAAACAACACAGUUCAUGAUCAGCAAUGUCAAGAACAUUCCAGGCCUGUGUAUACUCGGAGAGCCUCAUAUGACAGCCUUUGCAAUCGGCUCCAGGGGCAUCAACAUCCUGGCUCUAGCUGAUGAGAUGGAGAGUAAAGGCUGGAGGAUGGAGAGGACACAGAACCCUAACGGCCUCCACUGCACCGUCAUGCCUAGUCACACCAAUGUUCGUGACAAGUUUGUGGAGGAUCUGACUGCUGCAGCAGAGUAUGUGAAGAUUCACAACACAUCUUCAGAGGAAGGAGCAUCCAUGGCUUAUGGUCUGGCCAGUAAAAUUCCAGAUAAAGGCCUUGUCGAUGACUUCCUUAAGGAGAUGUACAUGGAGUUUUACUCAAAGUGCUAGGGACAGGCUGAACCCUCUCCUCAUCUAUGCAAUGCUGUACAAGUUUUCGACACCACCCCUAAAGCCAGGUUCACACAUGCAUACAUAUUCAAGUCUGUAUUAGUCUGUAAGGGAUUCUUAGCCUCUACCAGCCUUCACAGGUUGCUGGAAAAUAGUAGAAAUUGGACAAAUAUAGACGCAUAAUAUUCCAGUUAGCUGGCCUAGGAGUAUGGUUUGUGAUGUGCUAUCUCUGCUGGCAUGGUUGUAUUUGUGCAAUUUCUAUUGUUUUUCCAGCAACUUUUGUAGCUUGGUAGAAUCUAAGAUUUUCAUACGAACCUCAUACAGCCUUAAAUAUUCACGCACGUGUGAACACACCCUAACACAGCACACGUAUGCAUUUGUAACUUUUGACAACAAUGAUCUUGUCUCUGUUAACAGCAUGUGUUAGAAUCUGACCAAUCACUUUUUAAAGCAAAGUCACAGUUACUUUUUGCCAUAUUCUACAUCAUUUUUUCAUCUACCUUAUCACACUGUACAGCAUUAUGUUUUCAGCAUAUAAAAGUUAAUGUGACUUUGUGUUGUAAGAACAUAUGUGCACCUCCCACACCAUAAGUUGAGUAAUCAGCCAUUGGUCUUAAACUUUCCAACAGCUCAGGGAGUUUCUGGUUGCCAGGCAACUAGUGUACAUCAUGUAGUUUGGUUUCCCGUUCUUUACCAUCACUGGAAAUGUGGAAAAUGAUGCAAAUAUUUAGUUGCAAAUCUCAAUCUGAAUGGAGACUUUUACAUAUUUGUAGUGUUUGCCCCGAAAUUCUACAAUGCACACCUUUAAAGAAGUACAAUAUAUGUUUUAGUAGGUGUGAUUUUCAUUCUUCUGUUGCAUAAUGUCUUCAAAAAUGGAAUAAAAAAGGAUAGAUACAUGUAUCUUGAAUGUUGUUAAAUGGAAAACUUCCCUUUGUCAAUUUCAAUGUGAAAGAAUUUAUAGUAAACACAAUUUAUAAGUUGUGAUUAUGUAAUUUGAAGCAGCCAGUGUUUUGUGUUGAUGAUAUUGAGAUGAGACUUUAAAGGUAUAGCUGAAAACACUGAAUUAAAUUAAAUGAACUAGAUUAUAUUAAUUUGAAGUUUGCUUGUAUUUCCAAGUCCAAAGUUGCAAGAAGUGUUAUAUUAACAUUGUUGGUAACUUGCCAUGUGAAUUUUUUUAUCCUAGGGUGUUAACAUUAACAUUACAUGAUUUAUCUGACAAACAGGAAACUUUCUAAAGGAACAAGAGUAGAAAGCAAAUUCACUUCAGUCUCUGAGGUGGAAAUCCUCACCAGGUCUCUGUGUCCAACAAAGAUAUCAAAUUCAAUCAAGGAGGCUCUUUCUUAACCAGGACUCCUUGCUUCAUUCAAUAGUGAUAUUGCUGAUAAUGAUCAUUAGUAAAUUAACUCAUUUCUUAUUACUGAGGACUGGCAGGGUUGAAAAAUGAUUGACUUUCUCCCACCAGUAUACCAUGUAAGCUGAACUAUGUCACCAAAAAUAAAGUUUCCAACCAGUUUCCAAGUA